AUGUCCGCCGCCCAAGGGCUCCUCGCCGACGUCCCAACGCUCCGGAUCUUAGUUGGUCGUCUUCAAGGCCGCCGCGGCCUCCUCCGAUCCCUUCCUUACCCUACUCGUCGACACUUGCGGGCGGCUUCCUGCGCGGCUGCGCGGAGAGGCGAGGGCGGCACCAUCUCCGUUCGUCGUGGCGGGAACCAGGCCUCGCGCGGCGGGUGUUCGGCCGACAGAAUGCCGCGCAGGAGCGCCGUCCCCUGCAACUCACUCGUCAGGCUGGGCCAAGGUAUUUGA